GUCCAUGACUUGUGUCUGAGAGCUCUGAGCCAGGAUUACCUAAGGUCUGUCUUUUGCUCCUACUGGCUUUGACGUGCCCCCUUGCUGUGCACCCCCAGAGAUCACUUGGACACAGUUGAAGCUCCAGGACAGGCCAGGUGGAGCUCCUGAAGCGUGACUUCAAAACGUCUAUGACAAUGGCUGCCUGAAUUCGAAGCCCUUUUCUGUGGCUGUGUCAUCCCCAGACAGAAACAGGUGUGAUUGGCCCAGUCUUGGGUGGGCUCUGGUGAUGUCUAGCAGGGUGAUGAAGGCCCUCGGCCUCCUGCUUCUGAUUGACUGCCUGAUCACAUUCAAUCAAGCUAAAAUCUAUUCCCGCUGCAAACUGGCACGGAGAUUGGAGCACAGCGGAAUGGACGAAUUUAGGGGCUAUGGCCUUGAAAAUUGGCUCUGUGUGGCAUAUUACGAAAGUGGUUUUGACACCGAAGCUCAGAACACUUUGGAAGAUGGCAGCACUGCUUACGGCAUCUUCCAGAUCGACAGCCGGAUAUGGUGCAAGAACGAUGAGGAGCCAUCGAAGAACCGCUGUCACAUUUCCUGCUCUGAAUUACUAAACGAUGAUAUAAGUGAUGACAUAAUGUGUGCUAAGAAAAUCGUGAAGGAGACUGAGAGCAUGGAUUACUGGGACAGCUGGAAGAUUCACUGUGAAGACAAGGACCUCUCUGAGUGGAUAGAAGGCUGCGAUGACCACUGAAUCGGGGAAGGCCCAGCAACCCUGUCCACAUUAACUCCUCGGGGCUGCUGGUCAACGUAGGUCCCAUCUCCCUCCCAAGUCUCUUCCACUGGGUAAUAUUAGCUCUUAGAAUGUCCUUCCACAAUUGCAAAAAAAAUGGGAGCUAACUAUUUUGAAUGAAAUAAAAGUUUUAGUGAAAAUA